GACAYUCGGUGCUUGAUUAGUCAGGGCUGGGCUUGCUGCUUGUUGUUUUAAGGGAGUCGGUUUCUUCUUCCAAAUGUUUGACAGCUGCAGCCACUUGAGGAAUUGGAGUCCCCCUCUGCUCUCAGUUAUGUCAACUUCAUAAAGUAAAUAGCCGGGGUAGCGGCGUCAUGGCUGCAGAUGACAAAUCCUCGUCAUCUUCCUCGACGGAGUGGAACAUCGAGCCGCCGGCCUCCUCUCCCACCAGCCCCUCACACCUGACCCACUUCAAACCGCUGACUCCGGAGCAGGAUGAGCCACCGCUCCGCUCCGCCUACAGCUCAUUCGUCAACCUGUUUCGUUUCAGCAAUAAAGAAGAGGGCCGUCCUGUGGUCACAGUUUCGGAGAAGCCGGACGUCCCACCUCCUCGGCGGCAGGCAGAGAGACGGAGCUUGUCCUCCAGUCCUUCCCACUCUGUCCACAACUCGAGGACACACCAGAAGCAGCAUCCUGACAUCCUCAGACGCACUUCUACUGUCUCUGUGGAUUGGCCAGAUGGCAGCAGGAAGUCUGACACAUCUCUCAGCARUCACGACCCUCGCACUGCUGUACAACUUCGCACMGCACUGAAGAGGCUGAAGGAGAUCAUGGAGGGAAAGAGCCAGGACAGCGAUCUGAAACAGUACUGGAUGCCCGACAGCCAGUGUAAGGAAUGCUACGACUGCAACGAGAAGUUCACCACMUUCCGCCGCAGACACCACUGCAGGCUGUGUGGCCAGAUCUUCUGCAGCCGCUGCUGCAACCAGGAGAUCCCUGGAAAGUUUAUGGGUUACACAGGAGACCUGCGGGCUUGCACGUACUGUCGGAAGCUAGCGCUAAGCUACACUCACUCUGCAGACUCCAGCUCCAUCGGCGAGGACCUAAGCGCCUUGUCAGACUCUCCCUCCUCUGUGUGCGUGUUGGAGCCCAGCGAGCCUCGGACACCCGUGGGAGGGCGCAAAGCCAGCCGGAACAUCUUCCUCGAGGAAGACCUGACCUGGCAAAGAAAAACUCCUAUUGGGAUGAGAAAGAACAUGAUUCACCAGGAGCCUCAGAGCAGCRGCCUCGCCUCCAGACUCUCUACCCUGCCGGAGGAUGUGGGGAAGUCACCAGCGAGGAAGAGGUCGGCCAGUGUGACCAACCUACCAUUGGACCGGUCCGGAUCCACCCUGGUUCCGGCCUACGACAGCUCUGUCAGUCCGCCCACCAGCCGGGCCAUGGCCGGCACCAAGAGUGGCACCAAGCUUGACCACAGUGAGGAGGAGAGGAAGAUCCUCCUGGACUCUUCCCAACUCAAGGAGCUGUGGAAGAAGAUCUGCCACAACAACACAGGGAUGGAGUUCCAGGACCACAGAUACUGGCUGAGGACCUACCCCAACUGCAUUGUGGGAAAGGAACUUGUUAACUGGCUGCUGAGGAAUGGUACCAUCUCCACCAGGGCCCAGGCUAUUGCAAUAGGCCAGGCAUUAGUAGAUGGUCGCUGGCUUGACUGCGUCACUCACCACGACCAGCUGUUCAGAGAUGAGUACGCCCUUUAUCGCCCCCUGCAGAGCACAGAGUUCUCAGAAACGCCCUCUCCAGACAGCGACAGUAUCAACUCCAUCGAGGGACAGUCGGAGCCAUCCUGGUUCAAGGACAUCAAGUUUGACGACAGCGACACAGAGCAACUGGCCUACGAGUCUGACUACACUGUGCCAAAUUCUGCCAGCCCCAGCAAGAGGACGUCGGUCAGCAGCUUCCAUUCAGCGGUGGACAGCGACUCUGCCGCCUCCAUCAACCUCAACAUGGAGCAGAACAACGUGAACUUUCACAUCAAGAAGCAGUCCAAGUACCCACAUGUACCACCUCCUGCAGACCAGAAAGCCGAGUUUCUCAUUUCGGAGGACGGAGGGCAGAACAUCAUCAUCAGUGAUGCCUUCAUCAAAGAGUCUCUGUUCAACCGUCGCGUGGAGGAGAAGGCCAAAGAAAUGCUGUUCACUCCGCUGGGCUGGCACCACAGCUCCCUGGAUCAGCUCAGAGAGGAGAACGGGGAGAAGAUGGCCAUGGAGAGGCUGCUCUCUGCCAACCACAGCCACAUGAUGGCGCUGCUGCAGCAGCUGCUCUACAGCGAGUCUCUGUCUCUGUCCUGGAGGGACAUAAUCGUUCCCGUGGUUCGGCAGGUGGUCCAGACGGUCCGGCCCGACGUUCGCAACUGUGACGACGACAUGGACAUCCGGCAGUUGGUUCACAUCAAGAAGAUUCCUGGAGGCAGGAAGUUUGACUCCAAGAUGGUAAACGGCUUCCUGUGCACCAAGAACAUCGCCCACAAGAAGAUGAACUCCUCUAUCAAGAACCCCAAGAUUCUGCUGUUGAAGUGCUCCAUCGAGUACCUGUACAGAGAAGAAACCAAGUUCACCUGCAUYGAGCCCAUCGUGCUCCAGGAACGGGAGUUCCUGAAAAACUACGUUCAGCGAAUUGUAGACGUCCGCCCCAACCUGGUGUUGGUGGAGAAGACGGUGUCGCGUAUCGCUCAAGACAUGCUGCUGGAGCACGGCAUCACGCUGGUCAUCAACGUCAAAUCGCAAGUCUUGGACCGAGUGAGUCACAUGACCCAGGGGGACCUGGUGAUGUCCAUGGACCAGCUCCUCACCAAACCUCGCCUGGGAACCUGCCACAAGUUCUACAUGCAGCCCUUCUCUCUGCCCAACAACGAGUCGAAGACUCUGAUGUUCUUCGACGGCUGCCCGCCUCACCUGGGAUGCUCCAUCAAGCUGCGCGGCGCRUCAGAGUACGAGCUGGCCAAGGUGAAAGACAUCAUCAUGCUGAUGGUGUGCGUUGCCUACCACUCUCAGCUAGAGAUCUCCUUCCUCAUGGACGAGUUCGCCAUGCCGCCCAGYUUACCUCAGAGUGGCUCCUUCCCGUGCCUCCUGGAGGGCUCUGCUGCCGAUGAGGAGAUGGACGGAGACAGCAUGGAGAAGACGGCAGUGAGCGAUAACUCUACGUUGGGGGAACAAUCCGAAGAAGCACCUUUUCUAGAGUCUUCAACUAAAACUGAAGAUACAGAUAUUCUCAGAGUCAUUCAAAACCCCCAGCCGGUUCUGUUCUCUGUCCAAGAGGAGGCUGGAAACUCUGAGACCAGGACGUCAACCCCAUGCUCCAGUCCUGUGCCGCCUCCUCCAUCCAUCUGUCCGCAGUUGCUUGUUGAUGAGGAGCAGGAAAUGGGCUCGGACACUCUGGUCGGCACCUCUGAGGGUGAGACGGUGGGAGAACUUGGUUUGGAGGAUGAGGAGCGCUCAGACACCCCCACCCCUAAGCUAUUCCGAGACCCCUUGCAGGAUGACACAGGGAUGUUCAUCGCCGAACACGUGGACUCCUCCGACGACCGCCUCAAGUCCAUCUCUGCUGUGUUUAAGCACGAGCUGAAGGACAUCAUCCUGUGCAUUUCCCCCUUCAUCACUUUCAAAGAGCCAUUCCUCCUCACACCGGUGGGCAUGCACUGCCCCAGCAGGGACUACUUCCCUGAAGAGGUCUACCUGUCUCCUCUCCUCAACAAGGACCUGAAGGAGCUGGACGGACGCAGGAAACGCCAGCUGCUCAAAGACCCGGCUCCAUCCUCCGCGGCCAGCGGACAGACCUACGGCACCGCCCAGCCCAGACCCACCGACAUUCUGCCCUGCCACAGCCUCACCACCACCCGCAUCGUGGACCACCUGAGCAGCAGCCAGGACCUGGCCAGAAUGUUGGCCGACUACAGAGCAAAAGGCGGCCGGAUCCGGCAGAAAGAAGCAAGCGACACGUUUGGCUCUGCUGGUCCUGCUGCUACCAGCAGCAGCAGCCAGAACCGGGCACCAGACUUCCCGGUCAAGGCGCUCGGGAAAGCAGACAGCGAGGAGGAGAAAACGGGCAAACAGAACGACGUGAACUGGACUCCAAAGCUGGACUGUUUGAACCCGACCAACCAUCAGAGGCUGUGUGUGUUGUUCAGCAGCUCCUCCCUUCAGUCCAACAAUGCGCCCAACCCCUGCGUCAGCCCCUGGAUCGUCACCAUGGAGUUCUACGGCAAGAACGACCUGUCGCUGGGCGUGUUUCUGGAGCGCUACUGCUUCAGGCCGUCAUACCAGUGUCCCAGCAUGUUCUGUGAGACUCCCAUGGUGCAUCACGUCCGCCGCUUUGUGCAUGGCAGCGGCUGCGUGCAGAUAGUGCUGAAGGAGCUGGACUCACCCGUCCCAGGCUACCAGCACACCAUUCUUAACUACUCAUGGUGCCGUGUGUGCAAACAGGUGACUCCAGUGGUGCCUCUAUCCAAUGAUUCGUGGUCCAUGUCUUUCGCCAAAUAUUUGGAGCUUCGCUUCUACGGCCAUCAGUACACCAGACGAGCCAACGCCGAGCCCUGCGGACACUCCAUCCAUAAAGACUACCACCAGUACUUCUCCUACAACCAGAUGGUGGCUUCCUUCAGCUACACCUCCGUCCGGCUGCUGGAGAUCUGUCUUCCUCGUCCCAGGAUCUUCAUCAGGAAUCUGGGCCCGUCUAAAACCAACCUGCAGCAGGACCUGAAGGACUUCUCUCAGAAGGUGGCUCAGGUGUACCUGGCCAUCGACGACCGCCUCACCUCCCUGAAGACCGACACGUUCAGUAAGACCCGGGAGGAGAAGAUGGAGGACCUCUUUGCUCAGAAAGAUAUGGAGGAGGCGGAGCUUCGCAGCUGGAUCGACAAGCUUCAGGGGCGCCUGCAGUCAUGCGGCCUGGACUCCCCUCAGCAGCUGCAGGUCGUCCUGGAGUCACUGGUGGUGAAGAAGCAGAAUCUCUGUGAGAUGCUGCAGUUCUGGAACAGCAGACUCCAGGAYCUGUUCCAGCAGGAGAAAGGCAGGAAGCGUCUGUCUGUCCCACCGAGUCCAGGCAGACUCCGACCCAACACCACUGACGACACCAAGAGCGCUCUGGACUCCUCCCCUCGGAACCCGUCCCCUGUGGUCCAGAAUGGGGAGAAAGAGGAUCGCUACCUGUGCCCGUUGCCCUCAACCACCUCGUCCCUGCUGCCGUCACCUGGAGACCCCGGGGCUGAUUCCACCACAACUGGACCCAGUUUCAGUGAACCGGACUCUGUCAGCAUCCCAGAAGAUGUGUUUGACGGCCACCUGCUGGGCUCCACUGACAGCCAGGUGAAGGAGAAAUCCACCAUGAAAGCCAUCCUGGCCAACUUUCUGCCCGGCAACAGUUACAACCCUAUCCCUAUCCCAUUUGAUCCAGAUAAACAUUACCUGAUGUACGAACACGAGCGGGUGCCAAUCGCUGUGUGUGAGCGUGAGCCGAGCUCCAUCAUCGCCUUCGCUCUCAGCUGCAAAGAGUACAAAACGGCGCUGGACGACCUGUCCAAGUCAUCCAGCGCAGCCGGAGACGACGYUCAGCAGCCUGUCAGUGCAGAGAGUCGGGUGAAGAGCAGCCCUGCGAGGCCCAGCGAUUCUCUGGCGGCGCAGCAGAGUCGCAGCAGCGCCGACGGCGAGCCUCUCAAGGAUGCUGAUUCAGCAGAUAAGCAGAAGAAACAGACGGUGAACCCACACAUCGAGCUCCAGUUCUCAGACGCCAACGCCAAGUUCUACUGUCGGAUCUACUACGCCGAGGAGUUCCACAGGAUGCGUGAGGAGAUCAUGGAGAGCAGCGAGGAGGACUUUGUCCGCUCGCUGUCCCACUGUGUGAACUGGCAGGCCCGGGGAGGGAAGUCCGGAGCCGUCUUCUACGCCACUGAAGACGACCGCUUCAUCCUGAAGCAGAUGCCCCGGCUGGAGGUCCAGUCCUUCCUGGACUUUGCUCCGCACUACUUCACCUACAUCACUGGAGCUGUGCAGCAGAAGCGGCCGACUGUGCUGGCCAAGAUCCUGGGAGUUUACCGGAUCGGAUACAAGAACUCCCAGAACAACGCCGAGAAGAAACUGGACCUGCUGGUCAUGGAGAACCUCUUCUACGGCCGCAAAAUGGCUCAGGUGUUCGACCUGAAAGGCUCUCUGAGGAAUCGGAACGUGAAGACAGACUCCGGGAAGGAGAGCUGCGAGGUGGUUCUGCUGGACGAGAACCUCCUGAAACUGAUCCAUGACAACCCGCUCUACAUCCGCUCCCACUGCAAGGCCAUCCUGAGGGCGGCCAUCCACAGCGACGCCUACUUCCUGUCCAGCCACCUCAUCAUCGAUUACUCCCUGCUGGUGGGGCGGGACGACGCCACUGAUCAGCUGGUGGUGGGGAUCAUAGAUUACAUCAGGACGUUUACCUGGGACAAGAAACUGGAGAUGGUCGUCAAAUCCACUGGAAUUCUGGGAGGCCAAGGGAAGAUGCCCACCGUGGUUUCUCCAGAGCUGUACAGGGCUCGCUUCUGCGAGGCCAUGGAUAAAUACUUUCUGAUGGUGCCGGACCACUGGACCGGCCUGGGGAUCAACUGCUGAGCCAGACCUGACCCACUGUGCAUAGACACCCAGCAGUCCACUCCUGGCUCGCCAUCAUUCCACUGCAUUCAUUCUGCCUUGCUGGACGCGCUGCAGCUCUCUGGACCCCCGGUGCUGCAGAGAGGUUCUGGUUUUCUGCUUGGUUCCAUUUACUGAGUGGACCUUCAGAAAGAUUCAGCUGAACAAACCGCUUCCUGUAAUUUAAUGUUUGUAUUUGUACAGAGAUUAUGUGACUAUUAAAGAUUAUUAACACUA